AUGAUUUUGAGGCUAGGUCUACUUCCCCCAUAUCUCGCGCCCGAGGCACAUCGGCUAUUCGUCAUGGAACCGCUUACGACCGAUUUGACCCUCGAGUCCUUAUUCAGUGAGCAGGUUACCCUCACAGAACUGAUCGGAGACAAUUUGUCGGCGGCAGAAGAAGUCAAGAAGUGCCGGUUCCUCGAGGGCAUACCGGGCGAAAUACGGAAUCGCAUCUAUGAAUAUGCCCUGACUGGCAACAAUGGCGAAGCAACAUUGCAAUUUGGUGUCCUAGUGCCGCCGACAUUGCCACCAAGAGAACAGAGGCGAGAGAAGAAGGCUGCGAAGCUCAUGCGACUUCAGCAGCACAAUGAGACGCUCUCAAGAUUGAAGUCCGAACACCGAAGUCGCCAAAUUGACUUUGACGAGGAAAAGGCACGUAUCGAGGAACUGGAAGAAGACAUCCGAGAGAUCGAUCGGGAGUCGCGGUACAAAACGGACAAGACGCGGGCUCUAGACGGCAUGCGAAUACGUCUAGCUAGCCUCGAGGGCAAUGUGAGCCGUAUCACUAGCACGAUCGAGAUCAAAGACCGUAGUAGAAAGAGCUUGCUGCAUCCCGAAGAAGCCUCGACUCAUAUUAAGGGACCAUCCUCCAUCUACAUCGAGGACGAGAAUGUCAAAAAGGCAGUCCAUUCUUUCCGCGACAUCGACAAUAUGUUUGCACUCUCCCGCACCUGCAAACAGAUGCACCAAGAAUGCUCGGCGCUGGUCUACGAAUACAACAAGAUCAGAUUUGUUAUGAGAAACGUAGUGAAGGGCAGCUUCUUCGACGAGAACUUCUUCGACCAGGAUCUGAAGCACAUUGUCCAGCAGCAAACCAAAUACAACAAGCUGAAUAGGGUGAUCAUCGACCUGGGUGGCCUUGAAUCGUCUUUAGGGGGGACGCGUACACUCAAGGCGCAUAUGCGAAAAAACCAGGAGAGCCUCCGGAAGCUGCACAAGUCUUGCAAAUCACUCACAUUGCAGUAUGAAAGCGAGAUUCGGCAAGUUGGCCUCAGGUCGAAGCAUAAAUUGGCCUUUAAGCUUCUUCUGGAUCAUCCCGAGUCGGUCCUCUCCCAGUUCAACGAGACGCUGACGUCGUUGACGAUGCUAGGGUGGGAUGAUGUCAGGUCCAUGAGGGAAUGUCUGUUGACUGUGUUCUGGCCUGCAUGGGCUCUGCGCAAUGCCUCCAAGAUUUGCGCGGAGACGUCGCUAUUGGACACGCCCAUACCGUCAAUCGACAUAGCUGCACUUCGCAUUCAUCAGGAUGAGGCACUGGCUGAAGAGACAACCAAUCCUGCUCUGCCCAACGCCGCGAACAUGAGAGACGCAGCCAAGCCGUGCUUAUUUCUCGACAAGAUCCCGGGCGAAAUCCGCAAUCGUAUCUACGAGUUUGCUCUGGUUGGCGAAGACGGCGAAGCUGUGCUGAAGUACUGCAUCCUGAAUCCCACGUCCCCAGCGUUCACCGAGGAAGAACAUCAAGAAGCAAAGAGGGAAAAACUGCGAGCGAUUACUCACUCCGUCCAAAUCGCGACAAGACAGCUCGAGGGAAAUCGGGCCGAGCUUGAAGUAAUCGACUGGCGAAUUGAGACUCUGGAGGAAACUCUUGAGGCGUAUACUGAGGAGUCUGUUACCAGGUCUGAUGCAACAUAUGAUUUGCGUUCGCUGCGCUCCCGUCGCUCGGAUGCCGGUCGAGCGAUGAGCCGUUUGAGGUCGUCCAUCGCCGACGACGAGCGACUGAAACAGCGAAUACUUUCUGGCGAGGUCCGUGUCGAGCCAGAACUGCCGAGACUGAACGCUCACGAAAUCCCACUGGCAGUGGAUGAUGGACAGAUAAAGCAGAAGCGAGAAGCUUUCCGGGACGAGAACAACAUUUUUGCCCUGGCUCGUACCUGCAAGCAGAUCCAUGAGGAGUGCUCUGGUCUGGUCUAUGAGUACAACAAAAUCAAGUUUGUCACCAUGCCAUUCUCAAGCAGAAAGUCGUCGACCGACUUGCAGCUUAAGCACAUUGUGGCACGUCAGAGCGAAUCGGGAGAAUUACAGCAAGGUCUGAUUAUUGACGUCGGCGAAGUUCGCGAAACAGCCGAUCGAGAACUUGAACUUUUCAUCGACGCGAACCAGCACAGCCUUCGAACGCUUCGAAAGUCAUCCAAGUCUCUGGCAUUACAUUUCCAACUUCAAGAUGUGAGAUGGAAUCAACACCAAUCCCGACUCUAUCACGAACCGGUGGUGUGUCGGCUUUCUAUAGACAGCCCGGAAUCCGUGGUCUCUCAGGUCGAUGCACUGCUGGCGGCCGAGUCUCAGCGACUGCAUGCUGAACGUCUCGCGUUCAUCAAGACCAAAUUGGUCAAGACCUUCUGGCCGCUGUGGGCUGUUCGCAAUUUUCUGUGA